AUGCGGGGAGGGAAAGAACGAUCAAAAGAGCGUCGUGAAAAGAGGCUCCAAGAAAUUUCGUUGCUUCGUACCAUUCCCUAUUCAGAUCAUCGACGAUGGUGGACCGCUGAAACUAUUGCAGUAGUAACGGGAGGUAAUAGAGGUAUUGGUUUUGAGAUUACUAGACAACUUGCCGGUCACGGGUUGACAGUCGUACUUACCUCAAGAGAUACUGAAGUUGGUAUUGAGGCUGUGAAAGUAUUGCAAGAAGCUGGAUUGUUAGUAGAGUUCCACCAAUUAGAUAUUGUUGAUCCUCAAUCCAUUAAGGAUUUUGCUGAAUGGAUCCAAGAAACUCAUGGUGGCCUAGAUAUAUUGGUAAACAAUGCAGGCAUCAAUUUCAAUGUUGGAUCAGAGAACUCUGUUGAACAUGCAGAGCAAGUUAUUAGAACAAAUUAUUAUGGAACUAAAAAUGUUAUUAAUGCUAUGAUACCCUUGAUGAGGCCUUCUUCUUCCGGUGCUCGCAUUGUGAAUAUUAGCUCAAGGCUAGGAAGAUUGAAUGGCAAAAAAAAUAGGAUUGAGGAUGAUACAUUGAGAGAACAACUAUCUAAUGAAGAAUUAUUGUCGGAGGAAUUAAUUGAUGAUACUUUGAAUAAAUUUCUAGAACAAACGAAAGACGGUAGCUGGAUCACCGGAGGGUGGCCUCAAACAUUUACCGAUUACUCAAUAUCAAAACUCGCUACCAAUUGUUAUACAAGAUAUUUGGCAAGAAAGCUAUGUGAUAAACCUGAAGGUGAAAAAAUAUGUGUUAACUGCUUUUGUCCUGGUUGGGUUAAAACAGCAUUAACAGGGUGGAAUGGAAAUAUAUGUGUUGAAGAUGCAGCUGAUACUGGUGUGUGGCUUGCGUUACUUCCUGGACAACCAACUAGUGGGAAAUUUUAUGCUGAAAGACGUGAAAUCAAUUUCUAAAAACAUUAAUUAAUUAACGUCACCAAUCCUAUGUUGGUCUUUUGUUAAUAUUAGAUAUAAUGAUGAGCUUAUCGGAUCACAUUACUAAAAUAUUUGA